AUGGCACAGAAACUGUCGGAACAACUGGAUAUUCAACUCCAGAAACCACAACAACCAAUGUCAUCAUUGACCAAACUUUUAAAUGAAUCAUCAACAUCAGUGUCACAACAACAACAACAGCAACAACAACCUACUGAUUUAAACAACAAUGGAAAGCAGCUGGGUGCCACCGCUAAUGGCGCCACUUCGGAGCAGCUUGCUUUCAACAAAAAACCCAUACCUCAACCUAUCAGUACUUCCGGGUUGGUCGUGGAACCGCAAGUAAUUAGCGGGUUUGACCCUUCACCAGAAACAAAAUUCCUCAACCCACUGUCGUCAUUUACACCAACAUCUCCAUUUACAAGACAAUCUUCCAACUCGUUUUCCAAUCAAGUGAUUUCCAACUCGCCGAGAAAUGUGUCGAGUCCUCGAUACUUGAGAAACAACUCAAUUAGUCAUUCAUCUUUCAGUGCCGGUGGUGGUGGUUUGGGUGGAGCUGAGAGCUUGUCAUCGUCAAUACCAUAUGGUGCUCCAGGAGGCAGGUCAAAUAAUGCCAAUUCAUCAGUAAAUGGGGCUAACGCUUCGUCGUCAUCGGUACAACGUGAGUCGUUCUUGGCUGAUGAUGCUAGUUCGACAUCAUCAACUACAUCAACUUCGCAUAUACCAAACUUACCCAAUGGCCAGUUUAUCAAUUCUAUACAUAUCCAAUCCCCACAAGUUAAUUCGUCAAGUAUUGAUUCUCGUUUUGUGAUUUCAAAGCAACGAGUUGCUCAAGCACAAGCAGCUCAACAAGCACAGCAUGUGGGAAGUGCAUCUCAACGUUCAGGCUCCCAAUCAGGGUUGUCUUCAUUCUUUUCAUCAAAAAGCAAAGCUCCAAGAAAGGAUUCAUCUACCGAUUUGGGCUCCUUUUACAAUAAUGCAUCAACUUCGUUUCAAGAUAAUAAUGAAAUUACAGGAUCACCUUCAAGUUAUUCAUCUUCAGAAUCGGUAAUAUCAGCACCCAAUUUCAAUGGUAGUCAGCCUACAAGACAUAAUUCAAUGUCCAAUUUAAAGAGGUUUUUCAAAAAGUCCACACCUAGCUCACAGCCUCCGCCAGCAACUUCGAACCUAUCCUCAUCAUUAAGAUCUAAUGGUGGGGUUAACAUCCCAUCAUCAAAUGCUGUCAAUAUACCUUCAUCUACAGCAAACAAUUCGUCUUGUCCAAACAAUUCAUCAUUUACAGCUACUCCCUCCAAUGCAUCAGCAUCAUUCACAAACUCACCCGGAGGAUCAUCGAUUUCGAUCAGCCGGUCAUCUACAUUGCAGAAUAAAAUUAGGUACCAGGAACGACGCCAAUCAGUGCUGCAAGUUAUUAACCCGGUACAACAAUUGCCUUUUUCGAAAAGGUAUGGGAAAUUCGGAGAAAGUUUGGGUGCUGGAGCCGGUGGUGCAGUGAAACUAGUCAAGAGGUUAAGUGACAACAAGACAUUUGCUGUUAAGGAAUUUAGAGCCAAGUACCAAAGUGAAUCGAAACGAGAUUAUGCAAAAAAGAUCACUGGAGAGUACUGUGUUGGAUCUACUUUGAAACACCCAAACAUUAUUGAAACUAUUGAAAUCUGUUAUGAAAAUGAACGUAUUUUACAAGUUAUGGAAUAUUGUGAUUAUGAUUUAUUCGCCAUUGUUAUGUCUAAUAAGAUGUCGCGUGAAGAAAUCAAUUGUUGUUUCAAACAGGUGUUGUCGGGCGUGCACUAUUUGCAUUCUAUUGGAUUAGCUCAUCGUGAUUUGAAAUUGGACAAUUGUGUCAUUGACGCUAGAGGUAUUGUCAAGAUUAUUGAUUUUGGAUCAGCCGUGGUUUUCUCAUACCCGUUUUCCAAGACUUUGAUUGAAGCACAGGGGAUUGUUGGAUCAGAUCCAUAUUUGGCCCCCGAAGUAUGUGUGUUUAACAAAUACGAUCCUAGACCAGUUGAUGUUUGGUCAGUGGCAAUGAUUUUUUGUUGUAUGAUGUUAAAGAAAUUUCCAUGGAAAGUGCCCAAAUUGUCUGAUUCUAGUUUCAAAUUAUUUGCAACUCGAGGCGAGUAUGUCCCCAUUUCGGAAAUGUUGAAACGUACUCCGCAAGAUAUGCAAGAUAUAACCAGUGGUGGGUCUUCUGGUGCAUUGAGUAAUUUGGGAGAUAUCAGUGAAGCAUUGGAAGAGGAUAUUCCAAACAUGUCAUUGCCAAAAGAUGGAGGUGUACUGCAACAGAAAAGGCAACAACAACAACAACAACAGCAGCAGCAGCAACAGAAUGCCAAGCGUGGAAAUUCUUCUUCGGCUACUGAUGCAAAGGAUCAUACAUCAAGUGAAACUGGCGCUGAUAGAUUACUUCUAGCCCUACCUGAGGACUGUCGUCGUUUAAUUGGACGUAUGGUGGAAUUGGCACCAGCAUGUAGAAUAACUAUGGAUGAAGUGUUUGAAGAUGAAUGGUUGAAAUCGGUCAACAUGUGUUCUGUGGAAGAGACCGAACCAGGAAGUAAUGUUUAUGAAGUCAUCAAAUGUGAUGAUCAUGAGCAUACUCAAGUUGAUCAGUCAAAAGCACACAUUGCUGCUUUUGAAAAGAAUAAGAAAAAAUAA